AUGACGCCUGAGGAGCCUUCUUCCCCUUCUACCGCUUCGUCGCCACGAUUUGUCGAUGGGUACUUUCCUCAACAACCUCCUCCACAGAUGGCCGUCGACAACGAUACAAUCCUCAAACUGAUCCAUCAGCUUGAAGUCGACCGCGAAGCGUACCUAGCCACCUUCGAAAGGGUUCACGAGACUUUAAUUCAGGCUCUCCAUCCACCGCCAGACAGACCUGCCACAGCCAAUCCGCGGCAGACUCUCACAUCUAUUCCGUUAGCCUCUUCUCCCAUCUCCCUGCCAUUGUCUGAGGUUGCCCCACCGGCGACAGGAUCGAAAAGGCGGCCGACUCUAGACAGCUACCACUCGAAUCCAAGCAGCCAUGUUCUCGAGCAUCACCACCAUCUACGCCACCCGAAGGAUUCGAUAUAUACUGGAGACGGCAGUUCCGAUAGCGAGGACGAUGAAUCAUAUUUUGCACAGGAGCCAUUGCCUCCAACAGACUUCUCGGAGAGUGAUUUGAUUGAGCAUUUGAAGAGGCACCCAUGGGAUAUCUACAGCAAAUACAUUCUGCAGGAUCUUCUCCGAAACAUUGAUCUGCUUUCGAAUGGCAUUUUUCUCAAAGACCGCCAUCAUCAGACGGAUGCCAAUCAUCAGCAUGCAGACAUCUACCACGUAAAUAGCGACGGCGCGCCUCUGCGGUUCUCUCGCGGUGAUUCUGACGAAGGACCUUUUGCGGCUUGGGAAGCAUUAAAGAGCACCAACAAUGAUGAGUCAAGGAAACAAGCCGUGGGACGGAUAAUCGUUGUCCGUGAGCCUGCAUCAAGUCUUUUUGCUGCCCUACAUCUCACCAUGAAUGAAUGUUUCGACAUGGAUUCCAUUUUCCGUAUUUUGAUCGAUGAUGAGACUCCGACGAAAGCUAUUACAAAGGGAUACUUGAAGAAGGACCAGCGUCGACAGCGAUCCACUGUCUUUGUUUUCAAGUAUCACACUAUCGUUGGAGAAGGGCGUGCUCCACUUCAUUGGCAGAAUCACGAUGAGGAAUCCUCAGAAUCCAAGAAUGGCCAUAUCCCGCUGACAACGUGUUCUUCCGUGGUUGCCCUCUCCCUUGCCGGUAAGCCCACUUACACCCUGCGGCGCAAUUCUCGAAAGAACAAAUCGGUUAUUGGUCAUGUGUAUGAUCCGUUCGCGCCAUGGCAGGUCCUCUCGAUACAAUGUUUUCCGGACUGGAAUUCCAGCGUUGACGCACAUGAACAUAAUCAUCACUAUUGCAAUGGCCCGGACGCUUUCCUGACGGCCGUCUUGUCGGAGUACAAAGAUGCAAUCAAGAGGUUCAAAAUCGUGCUCAAGGAAAUCCAAGAACUGGCCACUCCACCGAAUAAAUCAAUUUUCGAUGCUGCUCUGCGAGACGAACUUCUCUUUGAAAACAACAAAUUCACUUACUCACGGCGCUAUUUCUGGGCAUCACAGACUCUUAGCCUUUUGAGCAACGAAAUCAAGGACAUGAUUUCGACUUACAGGGACACCUUCACGGAUGAGUUUUGGUCCGGGGAGCACAAAACAUUAUUUCCAGGCACCAAGGAUCAAUCGCCACGGUACAAUAAUUGGAGGAAGAAAUUGGUCCAUACCCGAAGACAAUUUGAGAAGGAAGUUGGUCAACUGGAAGAGGUUUUGGGAAUAUUUCAAGAACAGCAAAAGCAGAUCAAAAACCUUCGAGAGUGGUUGUUUAGUGGCUCUUCUAUUUUGGAGAGCAGGGAAGCCGUCAGUAUGGCAAAGAUAACCGUGGAACAAGGCUGGAACAUUCGAUUACUUACGCUUGUAACGCUGUUCUACCUGCCUUUGAGCUAUGUCACGGGAAUCUAUGGGAUGACGAACAUGCCUCCAAAGGAUUCCUUUCUUCCCUUCGCAAUAACAACGGUUGGGAUUUGCCUUCCGACAUACCUUCUGAUCGUGAUUGUCAACAAUCCCCACGGUGUGAAGACGCUUUUGGCCAACAUCGGACUCUUCUUUACCACAGUCACCUCAAUACCCGCCCCAAAGAAGUCCGAGAAGCUGAGGGAAAAGAUCCUGGAGAGGAAAACUUCUCACAAAGAAGAAAAGCAACCCACGGUGCACAAGGUUGCGACUUUCGCGAGUCUUGAGGCCAGACUCUCCCAAGAUCUGAGCCACGAGCCCUCAUUACGAGGUUCUCAUGGCUUGAUGCAAGCUACGCGUCGCAUGUCUCAGUCUAUCGGCAGCCACCUGCCCGGUGCAGCAGGAAGACAUGCCUCGCAGCCUGCGGCACAGGCACCAUCCAGGUUGUGCAAAUUGCCUGAGGAACUGGGGGAACUGGCCAAAACCCCUCAGAGAUCCAGCACGAUACAAUUCGACGAACCUUUCUCUAGCUCGACGAAGUGGCAGACCGAGGGAUCGCCACGGACCACAGUCCGGGACCUUGAAAAGUCAUUUUCGAAUCUUUCAACCAUAUCCCCAACGGACAGUCCUCCUUUGCCUGCCGUUGUCGUCAGGACGCCGAACGGAUCACCCGUGCCGUCUCCCUCAAGGGCAACACUGAGACCGCCUGAGUGGCGGAGAGAAAGGAGUCUCAGCCCCAGGAGUGGAGCUAGAGGGAGCAGGUCCCUGUUCGGGAGACUUAGCAGUCGACUUUCGUCCGCACUGCCGUCGCCGAGGUCGUCUGAGCCGGGGAGUCCCAUGGAAACUGUCUAG